UCGGUGAAUACGGGUUUGGAGUCUCUGCUAGCUCUCUUGUUCCAUUGCUGGACUGUCCGGCUAACGCCGUUUAUAUUGACGGCUACAUGGCUGGAACAAAUGGUCAAUCAGUGCUUGUCCGUAAUGCUACUUGUAUUUUUGAACGUUAUACUGGGCAAGUUUCUUGGAGACACACAAACGUUGGGAUCCGAGGAGAUGUGGUGACUAGUGGAGAGCAGGAAGUCAAUCUAGUAGCAAGAAUGGUGGCGACAGUUGGAAAUUACGAUUAUGUGCUUGAUUGGGAAUUCAAAAAAAGUGGUUCCAUCAAGAUUGGGGUAAGUCUAACCGGCGUCCUUCACUUGAAGGGUGUUGACGAAGCGAGCAGUCAAACGCUAAAUGGGGAUGUCUAUGGAACCUUUGUGGCAGAAAACACAGUUGCAGGAAACCAUGACCACUUUGUGACAUACUAUCUCGACUUAGACAUUGAUGGCAGCUCCAACUCAUUUGUUAAAGCCAAACUCGAAUCUGAGAACGUGACAGAUCCUUCCCUUUCGCCUAGGAGGAGUUACUGGAAAGUGGUAAAGGAGACUGCUCAAACGGAACACGAUGCUCGGAUUCGGCUCGAGUCCGAGCCUGCCGAGUUGUUGAUUGUGAACCCGAACAACAAAACGAGGCUCGGAAACGAUGUCGGUUACAAGCUGAUUGCCGGACCGUCGGCUUAUUCGUUGCUCUCCGACGUUGAUUAUCCCCAGAUGCGAGCAUCCUAUACUAAGAACCAGGUGUGGGUGACUCCUUACAACCCGUCUGAGAAGUGGGCUGGCGGAUUGUAUGCAGACCAAAGCCAUGGUGAUGAUGGCUUAGCCAUUUGGAGUCGAAGGUAUGUAAUUA